AUGUCUUAUUUUUUAUUUUUAUUUUUAUUAUGCUUUGCUCUGGCUAUUAUUGGUGUGGCUUCUAAUCCUUCGCCAUUUUAUGGAGUUAUUGGGCUUGUAAUGGCGGCUUUUUUUGGAUGUGCGGUGUUGGUAGGGUUUGGAUCUUCUUUUGUUUCUUUAGUUUUAUUUUUAAUUUAUUUAGGUGGGAUAUUAGUUGUGUUUGUUUAUUCUAUUGCAAUAUCUGCUGAAGCGUACCCUAAAACUUGAGGUGAUUUUUUAGUUAUUUUAUAUGUGUUUGGUUUUGCAUUUUUAAUUCUUGUAUUUAGUUUUAUUUUUGAAGUUAGUGAUAUUAUAGGUAGUUUGACUGUUGAUAAUGUGGGUUUAUAUGUGAUUCGUAUAGAUUUUGGUGGGGUUAUAUUGUUAUAUUCGAUUGGUGGGCCAGUACUAUUAUUAUGUGGGUUUGGGUUGUUAUUGGUUUUGUUUGUUGUGUUGGAGCUAACGCGGGGAUUAGCACGAGGUGCUCUUCGUAUUGUGUAA